AUGAUAGAUACUUCAGCGAGAGGAUCAGUUAUGAAACUUGGUGUUGAUGAGGCAUAUGACCUGUAUGAAAAAAUAGCUAAAAAUCAAUCGAUGUGGCCAAUCGAUAGGGAAGCUCCAAGGAAAACAUUAGGGUUACACAACGUGGAUGCAGUGACAGCACUGACCGCACAAAUUGAAGUUCUUACAAUGAAAAUGGACAAUCUAUCUAAGUCAGUCAAUAUGGUACACCAAUCUCCACCUGCUUGCGAAGGCUGUGGAGCAGAUCAUGCUAGUACACGCUGUCCUUUGGCAUCUACACAUUUUAAUCAAUUCGAAGAAGUAAGUUACGCGCAGAACUUUCAAAGACAACAAAAUAAUCCUUUCUCCAACACAUAUAAUCCGAGUUGGAAGAACCAUCCAAAUUUUUCAUGGUCUAAUAAUCAGGGACAAGAACAGGGAAGAAGCAAUCAAAAUAAAUCACCAGGGUUCCAACAGCAACAACAACAAGGGAGAGAGCCAUCGUUGAAAGAUUUGCUGGCUGGACAAAUUGCAGCCGCACUAUCAGGUAGAGCUCAAGGGACAUUGCAUAGCAAUACUGAAAUAAAUCCUAAAGAGCAGGUCAAAGCAAUCACUACACGUAGUGGCGUCCAGUUACCAGAAAUACACGUAAAACGGCUAGCAACUAUCAUAGAAAAAGUACCUACCACGGGCGAGGAGCAAGUUGAUGAAUCAGAUAAAGCUACAGAGGAAAAUCAAGUUGAGUCAUCAGAUAGUCCACAAGUGAAGGCAACUCCUGUUAAAGCAUAUGUGCCUCCGAUCCCAUUUCCACAAAGAUUGCAAAAACACAAGCUCGACAAGCAAUUCCAGAAAUUUUUAGAUGUGUUCAAGAAGUUACACAUUAACAUACCAUUUGCUUAA